AUAAUUUACAUUGAGAAAAAACAAGGUUCUAAGCAAAAAUAUGGUUUUGGAAUAAGCUAUGCAAAAAAAGCACUAAAUAAUGUGAUUCAGGCUGAUAAAGUUAAUGAAUUUGUUAAUUACUUAGAAAGAUUUAUUAAAACAAUGAAAGAUGAUUUAGACAAGCAACAGAAAAAUGCUAAUGAUAUUAAAAAUUUAGCUAUUGAUGAUCCAAUACAUGUAUGGCAUAAAGGGCGUCAACCCAACUAUUAUAAAUCAGAAGGUGAAGGGUCAUCAAAGAAAAAAGCAUGA